CUCUCUUUCGCACCGCUAUCGUCGACUCCUAUUCUGGCUGACGCGUGUGGUGUGACCCCUUUUACACUGCUCUUCUUUCUUCCUUCUCAACAACGACACAUUCGCAGUGUCAAUUUCUCUUCCUUCUUUUUAAGAACGUCUUUGGGUAGUCGUUUGGUCGCAGCCUUUUGGGUGCUGACGACUGAUUCUUGGUUACGGCCUCUUCCGUUCAAACCACAUCAUCCAAAUCAAUCUUGCCAAGAUGGCAUCAGGCACUGCGAGAUACUUGAGAUAUAUUCUCUUCGCCUUCUUUGGGCUUGCUGUCCUCUACUUUAUUUCUUCCUCCUCGACGCAAAGAUUACCUUCCCCGGGGCAGAUACUAGGUGGAAAUAAAGACUACAAUGGCAUACCAAAAGCCGGCACGACAGGUGUUCCAUCGCCUUCAACAGACUCAUCGACAUCUUUGACAGGCACGACGCCCAAUAAUUUGGGUGCUUUCCCACCUGCGACUGCGGACGGCCCCAAGAUGAAUGCGACGUUCGUUACUUUGGCACGAAACUCAGAUAUAUGGGAGAUUGCUAGAUCUAUUCGUCAAGUCGAGGAUCGAUUCAACAGAAAGUACCACUACGACUGGGUGUUCUUGAACGAUAAGCCUUUCGAUGCGACUUUCAAGAAGGUUACCACCUCCCUCGUAUCUGGAACUACACACUAUGGAGAAAUUCCAAAGGAGCAUUGGUCUUUCCCAGAACACAUCGACCAGGACAAAGCACGAAAAGUCCGUGAGGAUAUGGCGCAACGCAAGAUCAUUUACGGAGACUCUGUCAGCUAUCGUCAUAUGUGCCGUUUCGAAUCAGGCUUCUUCUUCCGUCAGCCCUUGAUGCAGAACUACGAAUGGUACUGGAGAGUUGAGCCAAGCAUUGAGCUCUUUUGUGACAUCGACUAUGACGUUUUCAAAUUCAUGUCGGAUAACAAGAAGAAGUACAGUUUCGUAUUGAGUCUUUACGAAUACGUUGAGACUAUUCCGACACUAUGGGAUAGCACCAAGAAAUUCAUGAAGGCACAUCCCGAACAUAUCGCCGAGGGUAACUCUAUGGGCUUCUUGAGUGAUGAUGGUGGAGAUACAUACAAUCACUGCCAUAUGUGGUCGAAUUUUGAAGUCGGAAACUUGAAUUGGCUCCGAUCGCAAGCCUACAUCGAUUACUUCGAGUCCCUCGAUCAGGAUGGAGGAUUCUUCUACGAACGAUGGGGUGAUGCUCCGGUCCAUUCGAUUGCUGCCAGUCUCCUGCUCAAGAAAGAAGAGAUUCACUUCUUCAAUGACAUUGCUUACUACCACGUUCCUUUCACUCAUUGCCCAACUGGCGAGAAAACUCGUCUGGAUCUAAAAUGUCACUGUAAUCCAAAGGACAAUUUCGACUGGAAGGGAUAUUCAUGUACAUCUCGAUUCUUUGAGAUUAACGGCAUGGAGAAGCCAGAGGGUUAUGAAAAUCAACAAGACUAAUAAGCAACAUCAUGUGCAUUUUCAGGGGAUAGCAUUUCUUUGGGGCAGCUUGAGGAUCUAAUCCGGCAUGAUAGGGCGGCGUUGGUGUGUUGAACUUCGAACUCAAGCGUAUGUAGAUAUAGGUUCGUGGGAUUGGACAGGUUAGGCCAAAAACGUUUCGUUUGCGUUGAUACUCAAAUGUUGGUGAUCGGGACUGCAC